ACAACAUAGCCCACUACCACAACACACAUGCAACUGCCGCCCUCCUUCAAGGCCGCGCUGCUGCGCGGCGCGGCACUGCAGCGCACCGGCGGCGGCCCAGUCGGCCCGCGCGGGGGCCCUGCUGCAGCUGCGGGCUUCAGCUCGCGCGAGGGGCCGGCGGAGACGGGGCCGCCGUCGCCUGACUUCGGCAUGCAGCCGGCCGGCGACAGUGGCGGCGGAGGCGGCAAGCGGGAGGGCGACAUGCCGGUCGGCGGCCCGACCACGACCACCACCAGCAGCACCGCUGGCGGCAGUGGCAGCAGCAGUGGUGAUGGCGAGCCCGCGCCGCCGCCCCCUCAUGCCCCCCACCGGCUGGUGGACCCGGCCGACGCCCCUGUGACUGACGAGGACGGCGGGUCGGAGCUGCCGCCGGGACACGACGGCAGCGGCUCCACCCUGACAGACACAGCCGACCAGACCGACGCCUAGGCGGGCGAGGGGGGGGGGGCCGACCGACUGGGGGGGCGAAAGGCUGGGAUGGAGGGGGAGGGGCCAGAGACUACUGCAGGAGCGAGAGGGAAGAGGACACACAGGCGGCGGGGAUAGGGUGACUAGGUGAUGGCCGGGGAACCCACCGUAUGGCAGGUGGUGCUUGCGUGUGGCCAUGAGUGGAUAGGCCCACUGAGACAGGCCACUGAGAUAGGCCCACUGAUAUAGGCCCUGGCGGGUGUGAUUGUGGUCUAGUAGGGUGGCCGCCGGAGGUGGUGUGGUGUGGGCCAGGAGAUGAGGCCCGGGCGCCCUGCGGUGGGAGGGAGAGGGAGCCGCCGGUCGCAGACGCCACUAGCGGAUGAAGGACGGAGAGGAGCUGUGCGCGCGUAUGUGUGUGCUCUCGAAAGCGCAGUGUGUGUGUGCGUGUGCGAGACUGCGUGCAUGAGGACUAGGCGAGGGAGGUGACCGGCCACGGGAGGGGCGCGCGGGGGGCGGCUGGAGAUCUGCAACACGCACGUACGCCCCUCUCGGUCUGUUGCAUCGAAGCUUAUUGAGACCAGGAGCUAGGGUGCCGCGCACGUGGCGGCUGUGCAGGCCCCCGCGCAUGGGCAGCGGGUGUAAUGCAUGCGGUGA